AAUUAUUACAAGUUGCAAGUGGAUACCAGAUGGUUUGGAUUUCUCACAAUGUGAUUAUUGGAUGUUCCCCCACUGUUCUGAUGACCACUACAGGAUGUAUGUAGUGAAUCUGAAGAACAAACGGUAUGAUUAUCUUGACAGCCUUUACCCUGACGACCUUGAUUCCAAGUUUCGUGCUGUUGCGGAUAUGGUGGUCCGCUAUGCCACAGAAUACAUUCCUGCCUGCAGAAAAGAGCCCUUCAAAUUUGAAGAAUUCAAGUGGGUUAGACAGCGAGGGGUGAGACAACGUGGUGGGAUUGACUGUGGUGUUUUUACUAUGAAUUUUGCUGAGUUUUGGGAUGGCAAACUGCAUCCAGCUAUGAGGAAUUGGCAAAGACAAAUCAAUCAGAGGCGGGAUGAGAUCACAUUAACAUUGCUGCUGAACAAGGAGAACAGUGUACUUGAAGAGGUGAAGAAGAAGAGUUUGGAGUUUGAUCGCAAGGUGGACUAGCUGAUUUUAGCAUGCAUUUGCAAGAACAGUUUCAGAUUUCAGUGUGUUAAUAUGUGUUUUAGUGUGUUAAUGGUGUUGAUUAAGAGGAUUUGUGUUCGUCGUGUAUGGUGUGUAUUAUAAGACAAG